GGGGGGGAGGGGGAAUCAAUAUUUUAUGAGUUCAACGUUAUCUUUUAUUCUUUAAUUUGUUUUCUUUCAUCAUUUAUUCUUUAAUUUGUUUUCUUUCAAUAGAUACUCUAAAAUGGUUGAUGUUAAGGGUCAUGCUUGGUUUUGGCCCCUCAAUAAAUUUGUUCCUCCUCAUUGCCCUGGAAUCUACACAAACCAACAAGUGGAAUCAUGGAAGAAAGCGGUAGACUCAGUUCAUAGCAAAGGCGCUAUAAUCUUUUGUCAAUUGUGGCACGUUGGUCAGGUUUUUAAUCAAGGCAAAUGGAGUCCAGAACAUUAUCGACAAGCAACUCUCAAUGCCAUUCGUGCUGGUUUUGAUGGAGUGGAGAUACAUGCGGCUGAUGGAUACCUAAUUGACCAAUUUAUGAAUAUUGCAUUGAAUGAUCAACCCGAAAAGCCGAAUAAAUCAUCACUCAAAGGCAUAACCAAGUUUCUAAUGCAAGUGAUCCAGGCCGUUGUUGGUACCAUAGGAGCUGACAAAUUAGGAGUCAGAAUCUCACCUUCCAUCGAUCGAUUUGAAGCCACUGAUUUCAACUCACUAGAUUUGGGUCUAGCAGUCAUUGAAGGGCUUAACAAACUACAAUUCGACUUGGGAUCAAAGCUCGCUUACCUCCAUACAACUCGAUCUAGGUUAGCCCUAGGAGUUGCUGAGGAAAAAGCCGAGGGUGAUGCUCGAAUCUCGAAAAAAUUGAGGGAUGCAUUUGAAGGGACUUUUAUGAGUAGUGGUGGCUAUACUAAGGAUCAAGGAAUGAAAGCUGUGGCUCAAGGGGAGGCUGAUUUGGUUGCUUACGGGCGGUCUUUCUUAUCUAACCCUGAUUUAGUCCAUAGGUUUAAGGUUAAUGCACCUAUGAAUGACUAUGUUAGGGCUACAUUUUAUAGCCAAGAUCCUAUUUUGGGUUAUACCGAUUAUCCUUUCAUGGGAAAGGAAGCAAUCAAGGGUUACUAAAUUUAGCAAUGUUAAUAAGAGUCAAAAUGUCAAAUCCUCAAUCUAUGGUUUGUUAAAAUUACUUACAAAGUAAUGAACGAAAGUGUGUGAAAUUGUUGUCAACAAAAGAAGAAAGAUAUAUACAAAAAAAAGGAGUGAAUAGAAGGUUUGUAACA